UGAUCAAUUAUCACCCCGCCUUAUCUGGAAGUAAAUGAGUCAAUUUGAUGGAGGGGCACUUGAAUUCGAAUAGCUUCAAAAAAUUCAUAUCGAACCCUUCCAUUGUUUACUUGACGCCAAAUCCUACUUCUCAACACCGUAUUUCUCUGCGACCCUGUCUGAGUCGCAGCUGGGUAAAAAGCCAUCAAGCUGUCACUUUUUCGCGCUAUUCGCCCUCUUUCACGAGGCAUCUCCUUCCGAACUUUCACCAUGGCCGCCCUUGAUUCCCAGAAGCUCACUCCUACCGAGGAGACUGAGGUUCAACAGUGGAUCACCACUUCGGAGCGGCUGAAGAGCUCGCCGUCGGACACAUCAAUCCUUGAGAAGCUCAACUCUCACCUGACUUCCCGAACCACCCUUCUCGGCACCAAGCCCUCUAAGGCUGACGUCGCCAUCUACGAGUCUCUGGCUCCUACCGUUAAGUCAUGGACCCCUGAGCAACGAACCGGCGAACAAGGCCACCCUCAUAUCCUCCGCCACCUCGACUUUGUCCAGAACUCUGGCAUCUUUGGUCUGAAUGUCAACGAUGCGGACAAGAUCAAGGUUGACCUUGACGAGGUCCUCUACGUCAAGCCGCCCGUCGACGCCAAGGCUGAGAAGGAGCGCUUAAAGAAGGAGAAGGCUGCUGCUGCUGCUGCUGCUGCCGCCGCCGGUGGUAGUGAUGGUGGGGUUGCUGCGACGUUAGUUGACCGAACCAAGGCAGCGGCCGAGGCUAUUAAGGAUGCAGCUAUUGAAGCUGGUAGCAAGGCCGCAGCCGCAGUGGGCGUUGCCACCGAGAACCCCAAGAAAGAGAAGAAGGAGAAGGCUCCCAAACCCCAAAAGGCUCCAGCCGUUACUACGCCCCCGUCGCCCCAUCUAAUCGAUCUCCGAGUGGGCCAUAUUCUGAAGGCUAUCAAGCAUCCGGAAGCUGACAGUCUAUUUGUUUCUACGAUUGCCAUGGGCGACAAGCCUGGCACCGAGGAUACCACCGAGUACGAAGGCCAGGUCUGCCGGACUGUCUGCUCUGGCUUAAACGGUCUAAUUCCUCUAGAAGAGAUGCAAAACCGCAAGGUUGUCGUCGUCGCCAACCUGAAGCCUGUCAAGAUGCGGGGAAUUAAGUCAUGUGCCAUGGUCCUAGCCGCGUCGCCGAAGUUGAAGGAGGGCGAGGUGGAUGAUCACAAGGGACCUGUCGAGCUAGUUACUCCGCCUCCCGACGCGAAGACCGGUGAGCGGGUGUGCUUUGACGGAUGGAGGGGCGAGCCCGAGGGCGUUCUCAACCCCAAGAAGAAGGUUUGGGAGACAUUCCAGCCCGGAUUCACUACAACGGACAACUUGGAAGUUGCUUUCGACGGUCACCUGGUCAAGGAGGCGGGUAAGGAAGAAAUUGGAAAGCUAACUACGGCUAGUGGCGGCGUGUGCACAGUCCCAAGUUUAAAGGGGGCCACAGUACGAUAAUCGCAAAAUUUACACAGCGGUCUAGAAAUAAAAAAUUAAGCUGCAUUGAAGAGCUACAGACUACAUUUCUUUUCCCCUCAGUUCCCUAGAUCUUCCUCUCAUACUAAUUCUCAAGAGCACCGGGCGUGUUCCACGGCGGGGUCUCGAUCGUCACGGAUGUAAUAGUAGGUGUACCAGCACAUCCGGUCGUGUAAGUGAUCCAUUC